CGCGCCCAGGAGCUUGCAGGUUUCACCAUCUCCUUAGUGCCAUUUUGAAUUCCCUCCAUUCCCAGCCCCGCCCUCCGAUGCGAUGGUAUCAUUUGCUCUGACACCUAGGAUACCAGCACUCGGCGAACCGCCAGCUCGUUACAGAGUUCUCCAAACGAGCGCUGAAUGCCACACACUUGGAGCCGGCCUCGUCAUCGCCUAUCAGAAUCGGCUCCUGUUCCAAACCUCGUGGUCUCGUGGCCAGGAACGCCUGAGGCCGAUCCACGUUCUCAGCUUGAGUCCAACAUCGGCGCCAGUACGCCCAAUGGAUAUGGCAGUAUAGCCGUCGAACCUGAAGAUCAUGUUAAAGCAAUGGCAGUCAACUGUCCUAAGGAGACUGGAGGAGGCAAUCCCUGUACUGAUAGCUCUAAGUCCCAUGGAGGACGUCUGGAUGUCCAGUGGUUGCCGCCGACAUGGAAUGGUGAUGGCAGGCAGCUUGUCUUUUACUCCAGUGGGCUUAUCGAUGUAUGGAAACUGCGUAUCCAAGGAUAUUUGAUACUGGGCAAGUAAUUUCUUCUGACUUGUGCCAGAGAAUCGUGGAAGGGUUUCGGGUGUUCGCUAUAAGGGCUCCGAGAACCAGGCGCAUGGCAACCAUUAUAUCGCAAGCUGGUAUAACAGUUCAAGACUGAGUGUCGCUAUGCGGGAGGGUGGAAGAUCCUUCCAACCUGCUCCAUCAGCCCAUAUCACAAUCUCAUCACACCGUUCCUUGGGUGCCCCACCGGAACGAAAGAUACCCGAGAGGUGAUCGUCCAGUUUCAUGUGUCAACUCAGGCACAUUUACAUUGUUUAUGAAGGGUUGCCAUCGCUGUCUCUAUUGUAAAGCGAUAUCUAUU